AUGGCCUCAGGUGCCACCCCCGCGGCGGUGAAGAUUGGAAUAAUUGGUGGAACAGGCCUGGAUGAUCCUGAGAUCUUGGAAGGACGAACAGAAAAAUACGUGGAUACUCCAUUUGGCAAGCCUUCUGAUGCCUUAAUUUUGGGGAAGAUAAAGAAUGUGGACUGCGUCCUCCUUGCAAGGCAUGGGAGACAGCACAGCAUCAUGCCUUCCAAAGUCAACUACCAGGCGAACAUCUGGGCUCUGAAGGAGGAGGGCUGUACACAUGUCAUAGUGACCACAGCUUGCGGUUCUUUGAGGGAAGAGAUUCAACCUGGUGAUAUUGUCAUUAUCGAUCAGUUCAUCGACAGGACCACCAUAAGGCCUCAGACCUUCUAUGAUGGAAGUCAUUCCUGUGCCAGAGGAGUAUGCCAUAUUCCCAUGGCUGAGCCGUUCUGCCCCAAAACGAGAGAGGUCCUCAUAGAGACUGCUAAAAAGUUAGGGCUCCGGUGCCACUCAAAAGGGACAAUGGUCACAAUUGAGGGACCUCGCUUUAGCUCCCGGGCAGAAAGCUUCAUGUUCCGCACCUGGGGGGCGGAUGUUAUCAACAUGACCACGGUUCCCGAGGUGGUUCUUGCUAAGGAGGCUGGAAUUUGCUAUGCAAGUAUCGCCAUGGCGACAGAUUAUGAUUGCUGGAAGGAGCAUGAGGAAGCGGUUUCAGUGGACCGGGUCUUAAAGACCCUGAAAGAAAAUGCCAAUAAAGCCAAAAGUUUACUCCUCACUACCAUACCUCAGAUAGGGUCCAUGGAAUGGUCAGAAACCCUCCAGAACCUGAAGAAUACAGCCCAGUUUUCUGUUUUAUUACCAAGACAUUAA